AGACAAUUAUUUUGGAAGUACUUGCAAUGAAUAUAUUGGACGUGGUUGAUGUGUCAACCAUACAGAUUAAGAAAAUAGUCGAGUUUAUUGUUGAAAAAUAUGAAUGGUGAUGUUUCGUUUCAAAAUGUACAAAGUUGCCUGACCAUGGCUGCUGGCUCGGAGUAAGUUCACAUAAAAUUGGGUCAAUAUCCACAUAAGCAGAGUUCAAUAAAUAUAGGUUAUUUUGAAAUUUUGGGCCGCCUCUAGAGGCCCAUUUCCACUCAGGAAAAUUUUCCACAGAAAGAAAAUUUUGCAAAAUGUGAUUGGCCGGCCGACACAAAUUUUCUGUCGAAUUUUUCAGAAAAUCUUCUGUCCAUGGAAAUUUUUCUCGAGUGGAAAUGGACCUUAAAGGCCCAUUUCCACUCAAGAAAAAUUUCCACGGACAGAAAGUUUUCCGAAAAUAUCAUUGUUAAAAGUUGAAAAUUUUCAACUUCAAAAUUUUUUUCUGACAGAAAACUUGUGUCUGCCAAUCACAUUUUACAAAAUUUUCUUUCAGCGGAAAAUUUUCCUGAGUGGAAAUGGGCCUUCACACUGGGAUGCAAUACACCUUCCGGAAAGUAUGUCAUCUAGGCUAUGAUAGAGCCUUGGUUUUGUGAUUGAUAUGUUAUGCUUUAACUAAUGUUGCAUACAUGAUAAUGAGACUCUAUAUAUAAUUAACCUGAUGUGUUAGUUUAUGUAUUUCUGUACGUCUGUUUAUGUCAAAACGUCAGAGAAGAAAACUCCUACUGAUCCAGACAAGAUUUCUAAAGAAAUGUUUCCAAAUUUAUAAACAAACUGCUGGGAAGUUUGGUUUGAAUUUUAGGUUAACCUAGGGUUAAGAUAAUCGGCUUUCGAACAACCAGCCCCUAGAAAAUAUAAAGAGAAUUACGGUGCUUUGAGCUGGAAAAGUAGAUACAGUAGAGUAACAGAGAGUAACAUCACAAACAUAUUCACCUGAGUACACAACACCAACACAGAAAAAAUCAUAUUACUAGAUUACAUUGAUUAUUAUCGAAGGAACUAGAUUCUGUUCCAAAAUAUCACUUACUCGAACCGACCUGACCGCGUAGCUCAGUUGGCAGAGCGUUGGGCUGGUAUUCCAAAGGUCGUAGGUUUGAUUCCCACCGUGGCCGGGCAUAUUUUUCAAGCUCGCCCAGUGUGGAUAUACACUCAGAGUAACAUCACAAACAUCAUAUUCACCUGAGUAAACAACACCAACGCAGACAAGAAAUAGAUACAGCAGUUAUAUAACCUGUCCCCGUUUGCAGAUCAAACUUUAAUUUUUGAAAUGUAUUCUAUAUUCAGUCGGCAGCCAAUCGAGUCAUCUGUUGUACCUGCAUGUGGAAAACCAACAACAAACUCUUUGACAAGAUUGCCUGGUGUUAGGAACCACAUUCCAUAUUCAGAUCAUAACUAUGGCAAGCCAUUAACACCACCAGACUCCUGUAGUCCCGAUCACCCAGAGGAAGCUGAUACUGGAAACGAAGAUGAAGGAUUUACAAGAUGCAUUUGGUACGAAUGAUAAAAUUCUUGGAAUUUUAUUGACACAUGUUUUCACAUUUGACUAAUGAAUGAAAAGUAUUGUUCAUUUAUGUGUUUCAUUGCAAACGUUUUUCACACAAAUGUGUCAUUGAUUGUUGGGUCUUUGAGGAAUGCUAUUUGUCAAGUGCAGUUGUUUUUGUCAGGGCAAGACCGGCUUCGUUUUGGUCACAUCAUCUGAUGAGUGGAUCAAAAUGAAUUCAUUUCACUUUUACUAAUGCGUUUUUUACUAAUGCGUUUCACCAUAGACUGGAAGUAUAGACCAGUUCUCAUUUCUGGAUUUGAACUAUUAAGCCCGGUUUACACUAUCAAAGUUUCUCUGAUCACAAGUAGGAAUGAUAACAGAAACUUUGAUAAUGUAAACAGGAUUUGAAAUUUGCAAAUUUGGUUUUGGAUACAGUACCAAACUGUGAAUGACUUGUAUCCCGAUUGGAUACUAAGAAAAUUUCAAACAUUAAGAAAAUGUUAAACACCUUUGAUGGGCUCCUUAUACAGCUUUUCAAUACUACCUGUUUGCCACCAGCCUUUCUUUAUUGAGGACUAAUAUAUAGAAGUUUGUUGAAGGAUUAUGUGGAUUAACAUUUUAGUGUAUUAAUGAAUUGCUUAGUAAGGCUUAGUUGUUGACUGUUGAGUCUCCUGUUGUUAUUGUAAUUUGUAACAGUGAGAGUUAUGGAAACUUAUUUGGAUGGGACACUGGGUAUAAUACUUAUGGUAACCUGCAGUAUCCAGAAGUGGGAUACUGGAUUCUCAGGGGGAUACUAAACUUUGAAUCCUGGUAUCCCAGUUGGGAUACUGACAGAGCCUUUAUGGCUGCAGAUACUGACAGAGCCUUUAUGGCUGCUGCACCAAAACUAUAGAAUGUAUUGCCAUUGAAUCUUAGGAGUAUCUCUGAUUUUAAUAUAUUUAAGCAAGAUCUUAAGACAUAUCUUUUUUAGAGAGGCUUUCUAUUAGCUUAGUUCUUAGAUUAAAAUUGUAAUAUUGGUUCUACGUAUUUUAAUUGUCAUAUCCAUUGUUGUAACACACAUUUGAAAACUGCAUUGUUGAAUUUGCGCGAUAUAAAUUAAUAAAUGUUAUGUUAUACUGAGAAAAAAUGUAAAUUUUCGACCCUGGUGUAAACCACACUUCACAUAAAAUUCUCAUGAAUAUAAAAAAAACCAGACUUCACAUAAAAUUCUCAUGAAUAUAAACUCCUCUGCACAUAAAAAAAUUAUCAUCAACAGAUAUUUCUCCAGGACAAUAUUCAGAGAUUUACAGUGGGUUCCUUUUCAGUAUCUUUUCUGUGAUUGUUAAUUUGUAGUGGUUUCAAUCAUGAUGAUGGUUACAUGAUAUGCUGUGAUAAAUGUAGUGCUUGGCAACAUGUGGAAUGUGUAGGAAUCAACUGUGUGCCUGAUACAUAUCUCUGUGAUAUGUGUGAUCCAAGGCCACUGGAUAAGGAGAGAGCAAAACAGAUACAAAGGAAGAAGUUGGAGGAGCCAACAGGUAAUGUUUUCUAUAUGAGUAUUAGCACCAUCAUCUGAAAUUCACUACCACCAUCAUCAUCUUUAUCACUGCCAUCCUCUUUGUUGCCAUCAUCCUCUUCAUCACCACCAUCCUCUUUGUCACCAUCAUCAUCUUUAACAUAAUCAUCUUUAUUACCCUCAUCAUCUUUACCCUCAUCAUCUUUACCAUCAUCAUUUUUACCACCAUCAUUUUCUCACCAUCUUUAUCCACCAUCAUCAUUUUUACCACCAUCAUUAUCUUCACCAUCAUCUUCACCACCACCCAUAUUAUCUUCACCACCACCCAUUAUUUUUAUUCUCAUCAUCUUUACCAUCAUCAUUUUUACCACCAUCAUUUUCUCACCAUCUUUAUCACCAUCAUCAUUUUUACCACCAUCAUUAUCUUCACCAUCAUCUUCACCACCACCCAUUAUUUUUAUUACCAUCAUCAUUUUUACCACCAUCAUCUUUACCACCAUCAUCUUUACCACCACCAUUAUCUUUAUCACCAUCAUCAUCUUUACCAUCAUCUUCAUUUUUACCACCACAAUCGUCUUUACAUUAUCUUUAUCACCAUCAUCAUCUUUACCAUCAUCUUCAUUUUUACCACCACAAUCGUCCACAAUCAUCUUUAUCACCACCAUCAUCUUUAUCACCAUCAUCAUUUUUACCACCAGAAUCAUCUUCACCACCAGAAUCAUCUUCACCACCAUUAUCAUCUUCACCACCAUUAUCAUCUUCACCACCAUUAUUAUCUUUACCACCAUUAUCUCUUCACCACCAUUAUCAUCUUCACCACCAUUAUUAUCUUUACCACCAUUAUCUUCACUACUACACCAUCAUCAUCAUCAUCAUCAUGACCCUACCACUACCAUUAUCACAACCAUCAUGUUCACCACCACCAUCAUGUUCACCACCACCAUCUUUACCACCAUCAUCUUCACCACCACACCAUCAUCAUCGCCAUCAUGACACUACCAUUAUCACAACCAUAAUCUUCACCACCACCAUCAUUUUCUUCACCAUCAUCUUUACCACCAUCAUCACCAUCAUGACCCUCCCACUACCAUUAUCACAACCAUCAUCUUCAUCAUCACCAUCAUGACACUACCAUUAUCACAACCAUAAUCUUCACCACCACCAUCAUUUUCUUCACCAUCAUCUUCAUCAUCAUCACCAUCAUGAUGCUACCAUUAUCACAACCAUCAUCAUCACCAUUAUUCCACAGCCACUAACCAUAUACUUUAUAGGUAUCAUCAUUCCAAAUCCACCAUUAACUGUGUUUUUAUUUCCUAACAGAUGAAGAAGAUGAUGAGGAUGGUGAUAUCAGUGACCAUGACAGUGAUAAUGGAAUAUCCAGAGUCUGUCUACCAAACCCAUCAUCAGCCAUGAAGGAGAACGUUCUAAGUAAAGGCAAAAGAAAGAAACGGGAAUCGACAAGAAAACUUAACCAAAAGGAAAUGAAACAUAAUAAAAGAAAGGUAAGUUUUAUCAAUUUAUCAUACCCUAUUUUUGCAAACAGGAUGUUGUUCUAUGCGGUUUAACAACCAGAACAAAUGUUGUCCCAAGUUUUGACUGGAAACUUUGUUCUUCUUUACAGCGACGGAAAAGGAAGCAUAUGUCAUCGACGGACACAAUUCCAGGUUCGAAACAUUCACAUUAUGUUGGGCAAUAUUGUCUCAAUAUUACUAGCGAAGUCUGUUUAUUGCUCUGCUUUAUUCCUUAUCUUGAAAACCUUUCUAUAUAGCUACACUAAUAACAAAGAUGAAUAUCUAAUGUUGUAUUUUUAUAGUCGAUGAAGAGACGAACGGUCCAUGGCCAUUUCCCGAGUAAGUGUAAAAGCGUGAUGGUUAUAAAUUGUGUUGCAUACAAAGUUUAGAUUUGCUGCAAGUAUUAACAUCAUCUUGUUGACAAACUGAGAGAUUUUCACAGCUAUAUUUGUACAUUUUGUUUAUUAGACACAAGCAUUACGAAGAAGCUCCUAAGACAGUGUACAUCGGAGAUUGGGGAAGUUGCGCCUUUCCUUUAGAGGUGUGAAAUAAUGAAAUAUAUCCACAUUAUCAAUUUUGUGAUUUUUAAAAGUUUUUGUCAAACUUUGAUUUUACUGAUAAUUGCAUAAUAUGUAGACUGGUUUACACUAUCAAAGUUUCUGUGAUUACAAUUGGAAUUUUGUAUAGUUAAAUUCCAUGUUUUGAAGGAUUUGUAAGAAAUGUUUGAGGGAAAUGACUUAGUGUUUAACACUCUGAAUCAAUUCCCUCAAACAAUUCUUGCAAAUCCUGUGCAAUUCCUACUGUGAUGACAGAAACUUUGAUAGUGUAAACAAGACUUAUGCCUUCAUUGUAACUCAUCCAGCAAGUUACUGUUGUGUGUACGUAUCGCCCAAAUUCGCGUCUAUAUUUUCUCUCAACAGUCGAAUGCAAGUCCAAACAGCAUGCUGAGACCCGAACAGAUAUGUAAAGUCGUGGACGUACAGAAGAAUAAAAAGGUAGAUUAUAUACUGUAUAUACCAGAAGAUGUGUUUUCGUGUGAAGCAAUAUGUGUCUUUAAGACUGAUACAAGCAUAGAUAUCUUAUAUACACUAGAUAGCGCAUCUCAUUUAGUAAAAUUGAAGCCAAGAAUAUUCCAGCGGUUACCCCCAUUUGAAUAGAUGGCGGCCAUGUUGGUCGUUCCCACUUGCUAGUAAACGCUUAAAAACAACAAUAACUUUCAUUAUUUGAAUAGUUUAAAAACGUAUUUGGAAUAGGGUUAACUUAAUGUUUAAGUUCCCUGUUUAAGAAAUAGAAAACAUACGAAUCUUCUCAUUUCAUGGGAACGACCUGAGACUGCAAUCACGGCUUCAAUUUUUGAAUUGCAGAAUAAUUAGAUGCACUAUCUAGUGUAUAUAAGAUAUCUAUGGAUACAAGGCAUACAAGAUAAAUCCUGAAGAAGUCAUAGUAGUUACAGGAUUAAAACAGUUUCCUACUGCAGGAUAUAUGAAUAUUUUUGAUAAAACUGUUACGCUGUAAUUUCCGUAUCGAGUUAGUAGAUGAAUUAGAUAUUCAAUCAUUUCAGUAAUCAGGUAUUUACUAAUUCAGAUAUUCAAUCAGUGUAAUUUUCAGAAUUAGCUAUCAAACAUCAAAGAAAUAUCUGUGAAAAUUUCUGUGCAUCCCCAAAUAAUUUUUCUGUGAACCAGGUUCCGAUACUUUUUCACCACCUCUGUGUACCAUAUUGAUUGAGAAACAAACCAGCAUGAUCUUGAUAACCCACGAUAUGGAUUGGUACAAGACUCUUAGUAAGACUUGAACAUUGAAUAUUGAAGAUUAACAUUGAAACAUUUCAGGGUGUUGUGGUGACGGAGGACAUUAACGGACAACAAGUUAUAAUCGAAUGUAAAGGAACUCUGAUGUUGGAGUCAAAAUUUAAAGAAGAUCAUCCCAUGUUCUCCAAGUACGAAUUGUUUCUAUUUGUCGCAUCUAUCAAACACGUAGAUUUUAGAAGGAGUUUUCUUACACGCCGCUGGGAGCUGCUGCAACAUCAGCCGCAAGCUUGACAUUUAUCGCACGAUGCUCGCUUUACUACAAACAUACAUUACAUAGAAAUACUGUGCUGAGUGGUUAUAUUACUACCUUAAAAAAUAAGCAGAAACUCGACGUUUCAAGCGAAGGCCCUUCGUCAAGAGUUAUUACAUAACCUAACCUGUCCGUUCUAACUUUUCUCAAUAGCAAAGGGUGGGCGGGUGGGACUUGUGUCAAGCUGCGGUGGGCAACAACAAAAAUGUGCUCAUCUAACCUGCACCACCCGAUAACAUUUUCCGCUUCUUUCGUAGCCAGCGGAAAAUAACACUUUUGAAGAGAUUCACAACACGCGACACUGAAAUUCGACAUGUAACUGUGUUCAAUGGUCUUUCUUUGUAGAUGUGAUCCGUUUGUUCUAUAUUAUACGAAACUUGAGCUUGUGAUGAACUUCUCUGUUUAUGGAAACGACGCACGCUUCAUUCGCAGAUCAUGUUCACCAACUGCAGAGGUAUACUACUAUACGACGAAACAGUUUUUUUAUAUUCAGUUUUUUACUGGCGAAUUUUCUCGCACGAAUUGACAAUGUGUGCACGUCUGACAAUUGAUGCUAUUCAUCUAUUUAUGCCAGAGGCUGUGUUGACAAUACUGUAAUAUCGAAAAACCGAGCCCGUUGCUUAACAGGAUUGCAUCAACCUGAGCGGUUUUACGCUUGUUCACACUUGUCAACAAUAUUGAACAAUAUUGUUGAGCCUGAAUCGAGUGUAACCAUAUUGUUCAAUAUUGUUGACAGCUAUGAACAAUGUGGGCAGCAAAACAUUGUUCAAUCCUGUUUUCAUCAGUAUUGCAUCAACCUGAGCGUUUUUACGCUUGUAGUCUUAGAAGUAGAUCUUUUGAUGAGCGUAUACAGUAUGUACACCUGUCUGAUGUUUAAACUCUUCUCUAUCACACUUUAGGUACGUCAUGUUACGGUUGACAACAAACCCCACCUUGUUGUCGUCUCCAUGAGUCCGCUGGCGAAAGGAACCGAAGUAACACUGGCGUUCGAGUUUCCGUUCCAGGAGUACAGACGUCAGUUGGAUUGCGCGUGCGCUCGGGAUGAUUGCAAGGUUCAAGACCACAACACGGCGAUACAAAGAGUGGAGCAGACGAAUGGAUAUCGAAGUAGUAAGGAUGAACAUGGCUUGGUCGAUAGCAGUCUCAGCAAUCAUGUACGUUGAUAUAUACUACUUUCAUAAUAAAGACGGGUUUAAAUUAAUAGAGGAAUACCAAAUGGUUUUCGUGAAGGAUAGCGUCAUCCAUGCACGCGGAGUGUAGCGAGAAUGUUGUUUCAAUACCACAAUAGUACGGAAUAAGGAUCAGUAACAAAAGGGCCCACUUAGCGAUGCAACGUGUCCUCUUUUUUUGUACAAAAAUAUGCAGUUUACUGGCCAGAAGGGCGGAGCAGCCAGCCAGUACAGCGUGUUUAUUGGCUAGAAUAUGUAAUUGACUGGCUAGGGAAAUGGCGGCCAACAUGCGUAAUGCGACAUGCGGGAGGACAGAAACUUCAAAGCUUCCGAUGUAAGUGGCCCUUCUGUAUGGAUCUUUAUUCUGUGGCAACAGCCUACCGGUAUAGACCCAUUGCACUGUGUCCUCCAGAUGCUCCCUAACAAUAUCUAUUCGGGUAGAACAAUCAUAUACAGCGCAAAAAUUAACUAUUUUAAUACAACAACAUUAUAAAGUUUUACAAAAUUCGCUUCGUUUACAAAAGUUAUAUUAUGCAUACACCCCCUGUUGAUUGCUAAUUUGUCCUCCCGAUGCAUUUUCACCGGCGCUGUGACGUCGUGUACAAUGGGUCUAUACAUAAUUCUAAUGUUUGUUUACCUUCGUUCUUUCUCUCAGUUCUGAGAACGUGCGAGAACACCUGCCCAGUACACCACCUGUUUCGCGCGGGCACGUAGAGACGACGGUCGGUUAGAGCCUCGCAAAUGUUCUCCAUCAAUUUCACGAUCUCCUUGACAUUUCUAGAUGGACAGCGACUCAGACGCUGAUAACAACACGAAGGACAAGAGGAGUAGAAAGAAGUUGUCUCGCGAAGACAGGAAACUACAGCAAUAUCUACGACAAUUUGAGAAGAUGGAAAAAACUGAAAAGAAAAAGCAACAGCAUACGAAUGGACGUGAUGGCCGCACUGGCAUUUUAACGCAACGGUAAGGAAGGAUUUCCGCUUCAUCAAAAUAUUUCGCUUGGUUUCUUUUGAAUUUGUGACCAUUCGAAUAAACCAGUUCUACCUGACUGCUCACGAUUCAAAAGAAAUGCGUGAUUCUAGCUAUGCGAAAUUUUGAUUUAAAGACAAGAAGGGCGAAAUCCAACACCACACCUAGAAGAAAGAGCAUCUUAAAAUGAGUAAAAUUGCAAAGUUUGGUUGCGAAAUGUUGUAAAAUGAAGAAAAUAUAGCCCUGUGAAGUUCGCAAAUUUUGCAUGUAUUUGUAUUACUCGCGGUAAAAAUAGCCAUUUUUGAGCGGAUAAUAAUACAAAUAAUGUCCCUUGAAGCCUAGUACUACAAUGUCUACGACUGUUAGAACACCUGUUUGUUUUUUAAUAGGAACUACCCAGACGAAUAUAAUGGGGAUACGCCGUCAAAACCAGGCAAAGGACUAAGGUAAUUAUAUUAUAUGAGCACUAUACAGUACCUCGAGUAGCCUGGGA